GUUGACGGUGGCUGAGUUUUGAAGGAGAGCGAAUCGUCUCAUCGGCUCGUUGAACGAAAAGUGAGCAGCGGGCGGGAGCACCUGCGCCCGCGUAUCUUAAUUAGAUGGUAGCCUGUUUGAACACAAGCAAAGGUUCAUAAUACGGCUUAAAAAUAUAUUGAAAGUGCUGUUAAUAUGUAACGUUAGUUAAAAAACCUCCACGUGCCUAAAAUCAUUGGAUAUGGAUGUCUUUUUCUGAGUGGGGGUGAAGAAGCGCAGCUAGCUCGCGCAGCCGUUUCGUCUCGUGCGUUUAGCUUGUUUCAACUUUGUGGAAAUAUGUAACUGUGACAAAUGAGACUGUAACAUGGAGCAGUCGGCUACUCUCGACAUAGAGACGCUGAAGAGUCAUCAUCAACACUGAGGAAGGAACUGACAGAGGUGCAAAACAUACAGAGACUUAACAAAACCUGCUCUCCACAUUAAUAAAUGAUGCAAAGAUCAGAGGUGCAGCAUGCCAGCGAGAUUACCCAGGAGCAGUUUAUCCUCGCGUCCCAGUCCCUGCACCUCCAGCGACCAGGCUGCGAUGCCGUCUCCCCAGUGGGCCUGUAUGGCUGGAGGAAAAGAUGUCUCUAUUUCUUUCUGCUGCUGCUCCUGGUCACUAUGAUAGUAAACCUGGCCCUCACUGUCUGGAUCAUGAAGGUCAUGAAUUUCUCAGUGCCUGGUUCUCCUCAGUCGGCCUCCCACUGCAUGCAGCCUGUCACCCUGACACCACUGAAUGUCUGUGGCAUUGUCACCUCGAUGUCAUGUCCUACUUCCUCCCUGUCACUCAGCACUGCUGCCCAUCCACCGGCCUGUCUGGAUGGAAUGGGGAACCUUCAGUUGAAGCAGGAUGGGAUUCACCUGGAGGGAAUCUCUGAGUUUCUCCUGCCUCUCUAUGUGAAUGAGAUCCAGUCCAGAAGUGACAGCUUUUUGGUCUUGCGGUCAGAGAAGAACAUAACGCUGAACGUCAGGAACGACCAAGGCCAGCUGACCGGUCAGCUCACAGUGGGACCUGAGGCUGUGGAGGCCCAGUGUCAGAGGGUGGAGGUACGAAGUAAAGACGGAGGCAGACUGCUGUUCACUGCAAAUGAGGAGGAGGUCGUCAUGACAACUGAAAAGUUCACCAUCACAGGCUCGGAAGGCGCCAUGUUCGGACAUUCAGUAGAAACUCCCCUGAUCCAGGCGACGGCUUCUGAAGACCUGAAGCUGGAGUCUCCAACACGGACCCUGACCAUGGAGGCUCCCAGAGGGGUGGAGGUGAGCGCUGCCAAGGGGCCUCUGAAGGUCAGCAGUCGAAAGGACCUACAGCUGGAGUCCACAGAGGGAGAGAUACUUUUAGAUGCCAACACCAUUCAGCUGGGUAGCCUCCCGCUCGGCAUCUAUACAGCGUCAUCCAGCGACGCCUCCCAGGAACAGGCCGUAUACGAGGUGUGCGUCUGCCCCAGCGGCAAGAUCUACCUCUCUCCUGCAGAGAGCAGCUCCACCUGCCAGGCUAUGAGCAACAUCUGCCUCUGGAGCUGACCUGGGAGCAGCGUUGGGAACCUGGGACACUUUUAACAUCUGCUCUGGAGCUGCUGAGAUUGAGUCUCCUCCGUUGGUACAUUUGACGGAGAGUGGAACUCACCACGGCGGAGCUGGAGCUCAAACUCUUCACUGUCUGAGCUGUCAGAGUUCAAUUAGUACAGAAGCAUCCGAGUCUCUGUUGGAGGUCAGGACUUUACCGCUGAUAGUGUUUAAGGAAUGGCAGUCUGAGCUGAAAUCAGGAAUAUCUCAUACGAACAGGAACACUUCCACUACCUUAUAUUAGAGGACACACUUUAUUUUUCUACUUUAGGUUCAUCGUAGACAUGCAGUGACUGUUUUCAAGAUUUAGAGAGAACAGAUGAGAAAAAGUAAAACACAGGUGCCUUCAGCUUUGAAAGAAGUCAUAUUGUGACUAAUAUUGAACCUGUCCGUCCAAUCAGAGAGAGAUAGUUAAAGGUUUUACAGUUGUGAUGGUAGAAAGUAAGCACAAUUCUGUCAUGUUUUUCCCCCAAAAAAACAGAUUUUCGAUUUUUUUUUUUUUUUUUUAAUGACCUCAAUAGAUAUUUUUGUUUUUUUCCACUAUGUCAGCGGCUGUUUGAUUUGAAAUUAAACAUGUCUUUAUGUGGCACACAUUGUACCUGAAGUUUAACUGUGAUUAAGACCAGUUAAAACAUAUAAACAUGCUGUUUUGAAGAUUCAGGUAAAGGUUCACAGGACUUCACUUUAAGGUAAAUAAUUACCUUUUCAUGAUGAUGAUGAUGAUAUUACAACAUGAAAGAAUUACAUUAUAAUAACAAACUUAAUAUUACAAACAUUUCAUUCAGUAAAUUCUUUAUCUUGCAUCUUUUUAGGUCUUGAUACUCAUCCACUUGCUAAAUGUAAAGAAACAUUUCUCACUAAUUACCUGCUAGUAACUCUUGCAUAUUAAAAUGCCGCUCAGCGUGUGAACUGUACUUCUCUCCGAGCCAGCACUCCACUGUGGAGUUUGACGCGAGAGGCUGGCUGACCUUGGCGCUGCAGCUGAGAGCGAGGCAGGCAGCCAUGUGUCAUGCACAUGCAGCAGGCCUGACUGGGUGCAAAGACUCACUCCACUCCACUUCCUCGUCCUCCAUCAUCGCCUUGCGGCAGAGGCAGGCCGGUUUGAUUGUACAGUGUUUGAUGAUGCAACAUCAACCAUGAGGCAAACAGGUACUGCAGGAGAAGUGCUCUGUAUCCAGCACAGGACUUCAUCUCAGUGUGCCAUAAUGGUAUGUUUAGAAUAUCUAAUCUAAUAAUCUUACACAAAGUUGUGCUGUAAUAAGAACAGUUUCCACUAUCUAGGAAUUAUUUUGACAUAUUUCAGAGUCUUCAAAUUGCCAGUUCACUGCAGAUCCAAUACUUAGCUUGUGCUGCCAUCUAAUGGCUUGUGGACCUCAAGAUUACAUUUAGAAAAUCCAGUCAACUCAAAUUCAAAGCUAGAUUACUGCCUGGACAAAGAGGGCACAUGUCCCCAGGGGCCUUGAAAGCCCCAAGUCCACUGUAAGUCAAUUAGUUUGCCAUAAUUUAAUUAAUUGCAAAUUUGUUGAGAAAUAUGCACCACUCAAAUACACCAAUUAAAGAUUUUGAGCACCUCAAGGUGGGUCCUGCAUUAAUCUGUAAUCUUAAAUACCAUUUCAUUAAUUCAGUUUAUAUUGUGCUCAUGUGACACAUUACUACGCAGUUCCAUCAAAAUUAAACAUCUUUUUCCAAUAUGCCAUGUUUUACUAUCCAAACAUUUUCAGUUAUUUUGGGUUCUUGGUUUAGGCAAAAUGUAACUGGAAGCUGCCAUGUCCUUUGUGUUUUCUGUACUUAAGGAAAUUGGGUAAACAAUUCAGAGGCAACAGCCCGUCUUUACUCUGGGCCCCCUAGUGGUUAAAAACCAUGUUGGAAUAAUGAGACAGGAACUCAGAAUGUGAAAGAAUCUUUAAUUCUUGAAUUAAGAACACAAACUCCAUAAUUAAUGAGGGCAUCUGAAUAAAAUACACCAGAUAUGCCACCACAUGAUCAACCACUUAUGAAUGAAAAUGAACCAUGAGCAAUUAAACAGUAAUUAAGUAUUCAACAAAAUAGUGCUUAUUGUAUUAUAGAGGAUAACAAGGAUUGUUUAUAGAAAGACAGGAAAAAUCUGCAACUUGUUUUAGAAGUAUAGUGAUAGUAAAUACCUUUCUGAAUACAGAUCCUUUAGAUACAGGCUAUAGGCUCUUGUAAAACAUGUUCAACAUCACUAAUAAGUAUACCAAAAAUGAUUCCUGCAUCUGUUUGUAUUAUCAACUGUAAAAAAUUAAAAAAGACCAUUUAACGCAAUGGCAAUCAUUUUUAGAGGAUACUGGAUUUUGGGGCCCAAUACCAUAAUUUAUGAAUAGAGUCUCGUAUAGACAUUCAUUUGACACAUUUCUAAUUAUUUUAGCACAUGAAAUGUGUAAAUUAUAAACUUAUUUUCCUGUAUACUUACAUUUAAAAUACCAAUAUCCUAAAAUACCUAUAAUAUUGGCCCUUCAAUAUACCGGUACGGCUUUAACAAUUUUGGCAUUAAGAAGCUUUUUUGUUAAUACCUGGAAUCAUCAGCUUACAUAAAUCUUUAAGUUUUUACAUUUGGUUUAUA